AUGGCUACCUCUAUAGUACCAGCCCAGACCUCUUGCAAGGUCAUGCUCUCGAAGAAUGUCGCAAACGGCUUGCUCGCAGAAGUCUUGGAGGGUGUCAAGACCUUGGAGAAGCCGCCUCACCUGGUCGGAUUCCUGGCCAACAAUGACCCUGCUGCGCUGAUGUAUGCGCAAUGGACGGAGAAGACGUGUCAUGAAAAUGGAUAUCGCUACUCCCUCCGCGAAGUACACCGCGAUAACCUCGAAGAAGCCAUCCUGGCCGCGAACGUCGACUCCGACGUCGACGGCAUCAUCGUAUACUACCCCAUCUUCAACAACCGACAAGACCAGUACCUCCAGCAGAUUGUCGACGUUUCCAAGGAUGUAGAGGGCCUCAGCCACCGUUACAUCUUCAACAUGUACCAGAACAUUCGCUUCCUCGACCCGGAAACGAAGCGCCAAAAGUGCCUCCUUCCCUGCACGCCACUUGCCGUCAUCAAGAUCCUGGAAUACCUGAACAUCUACAACACGAUUCUGCCCUAUGGAAACCGUCUCCACGGUCACACUAUCUGCGUGGUGAACCGUUCAGAAGUUGUCGGACGCCCGCUUGCUGCGUUGUUGGCGAAUGACGGUGCUUGUGUGUACAGCGUUGAUAUCACUGGUAUUCAGAAGUUCACCCGUGGUGAGGGGUUGAAGAAGGGUAGACACGAGGUCGAGGAUGUUGAGGGCAAGGAACUGAAGGAUAUUGUGCCCUUGUGUGACACGGUCAUCUCCGGUGUUCCUGGGGAGAAGUACAAGUUCGAUACCAACCUGCUCAGAGACGGUGCAGUGUGCAUCAACUUCUCCAGCGAGAAGAACUUCGGUCCCGAAGUCAAGCAGAAGGCUUCCAUCUUCGUGCCCUCAAUUGGCAAGGUCACUAUUGUUGUCUUGCUUCGGAACCUCUUGAGACUCAUCCAGAACAAGAGACUGGAUGACAUCAAGCCUGCCGCUGCAACUGAGCGGCCCGGAACUCUGGAAGCUGCCUCGUAG